AUGGGCCUAUUAAAGAUAAAUUACCAAGCAAGGAUGAAGGUUAUAAUUGUGACAGGCGCAUCGCGUGGCAUUGGUGCGGCAACCGUUGACAGAUUGUGCUCAACCCCCGAAGUGGUUGUAGUAGGGGUUGCACGGGCGGAAACCAAAUUGCAGGAGCUGAAGGCGAGGCAUGGCAAGAAAUUCGACUAUGUUGUCGGAGACGUCACUGACGAGCGCGUGGUGCAGGCCGUGAUCGACAAGGUGUCCUCGGGGUAUGGGCGGCUAGACGCUGUCGUAGCGAACGCGGGUGUCGCGGGCCAUGAACGUAUCGAGGAUGCGGACAUCAAGGAAUGGAGACGCCUAUUCGAGAUUAAUCUGUUUAGCGUCGUGAAUCUGGCCAGCAAGGCGCUUCCACUGCUACGUAAGUCACAGGGCGCUUUCCUCGUAGUGAGCUCGAUGCUCAGCCAGAUGGGCGUUCCUGCAGUUGCCACGUACGCGUCGUCCAAGAUCGCCUUGAAUCACUUUGCUAUGAUUCUUGCAAUGGAGGAGCCGGAAAUUCGGACAAUUGCAUUGGAUCCCGGCGUGGCCCAGACAGAUAUGCUGACUGAUGGACUCAAUGCUGCUGAUCAGGCUGCCGGUACGCAGGACAACGCCGCACGGGAGAUGAUGAGGCAUGUCCGCGUGGCUUCGCCAGACGAGCCUGGUACCGUCCUGGCCGCCUUGGCGGCGAAGGGCAUUCCCGAAGAAUUGAACGGCAAGUUCGUAGUAUAUGACAGUGAGGAACUGGCAGCUUACACUAAGUUGUGA